AUGCGGGCGCAGCGAGAAGAGCUAGUAGACACCACCCACGCUUCCCCCAAGGCAAAGCGUGCCAGGAACGCAGUCAUUCAUGAACGACGCGACGCAGCUCAGAGUCAAGUCAACGCAAGAGGCGCCGCCGACCCGCAUUUCCCUAUGGAAAUCCUAGGACUGCCACAUGUGCUCAACCUCAUCAACGCACUAGCAAUGGCACCGGAGGAGGCUGCGAUGGAAACCAUGAGGCUGGACGACUCCCCAUUGCUGGAGAUUCUACUCGACAGAUCCGACUGCAAUGCGUCCCAAGUGAUGCAGUAUGCCGCAGCUAAAGGCCGAGUUGAGGCGGUGGACACGUUGCUACCCAACGUAAUGGGGGACGGGGAGUUCAUUCUGGACGACUGUGUUGUCGCUUGCCUGAAGGAGGCUGCGAUGGAGGCUGCGAUGGAUGCUGCCAGGAACGGCCACCUCGACGUUGUGCAGAUGUUGCUCAGGGAGAUUGCCCAGGAGCGGGAGCACCGCGGCAAGUUCGUGUACUACGGCUACGAGCAGGAUGUUGAGAUCAACAAGGUUGACGCGGCGUGGGAGAUUCUGGAUGAAGCCGCAGCGGGUGGACAUGCUGAUAUCGUGGAUUUUGUAUCUAGCUACGCAAAGGAGGACGAGUAUCGUCAAGCAAGCGAGCGGAGUUCGGCGCUGUCGAGUGCAAUUUCGGGCGGACAUGCUGGCGUGGUGGCGUGUCUUCUGGGCUCUAAGCAAUACCACUGGGAUGUCGAUGGCGCUUUCGAUGAAGCACUGCUGAGCGAACAGCCCCAAAUUGCUGAGAUGAUCUAUGAAGACUACUGCGAGGAAGAGGUUGGAGGAGAGGACAUGCUCGUGCGAUUGGCUCGCACGGGGACGCCUGAGGCCGUGAAGUAUUUGUACCAAGCAGGGCACGAUGACUCCGACCUGGUGGGGGAAGCGUUCGUGAGUGCAGUCGCUGAUAUUGAGACCGCCAGCUUUCUGUGGGAGACAGGUAAAGUGUCGUCGGAUUACUAUGAAAGAGCUAUCGAGGCCGCAGAAAGUUUAGGGACAGCCGAGGCCUUGAAGGACGUAUGCAGCAAAAAGGUUAUCUGA